AUGAGAAUCCUCACAUCCCUUGGUGUUAUCGCAGCUGCUGUAACCACCUUGUCGUCAGCCAGCAGCAUCACGAUUACUACUACUACCGCCAAAUCACCCUCCCCAGCUUUUGGUGCAGAUGGCAGUUUUAACCCGUGUCGGGCUAUUUCUAUGGAUGAUCAAGUUGCCUUGGAUGAAUGCUACAUGCAGCUUGCUUUGGAUCAUGUCAUGAUCCAUAAUCCAUCGUUUCCCUUUGGUGCAUUAAUCGUUGACCAUACCACCAACGAAAUUUCCUGCUACGGGGCUAAUUCGAAUAGGAAGAACAAGCUUUUGCAUGGCGAGACCACAGCCUUUUGGAACUGUACUGAACUUUAUCCUUCGCCGACCCACGAUGAUUUGAAUGAUCCUGGGCUGAAUUGGUCUCACCAAACAUUGUACACAACGGGCGAGCCGUGUCCCGCUUGUGCCUCACAAAGUAUUUACCGCGGGGUUGGGCGGGUUGUAUGGGGAUCUUCGAUCCCCGACAUCAAUCGUAGUGGACGCCAACAACUCAUGAUUGACAUGGAUGACGUGAUAAUUUCAGCUCAUAUGGGUGGUUACCAAAUCGACCACCGUGUCCCUGAUGUUGUCGGUGGCGUUUUACAAGACAAAUGCGACCAUGCCUUUUGGUGCGCAUUCAGUAUUUAUCGGGACGAUGCCUACUAUCAAUCCAUGUUAGCCCGCGACUUGGGCGAUUACAUCGAAGAUCACAAGCGCCGCUUUCCUUGCGUCACAGUACCUUUUGUUAUACACUAA